UGUUAUCUCGAUGUGAAGAAGAGACUCCAUUUGAUUGUCCAUUGAGUCUCGCAGAAAUGUUGUCUACUCCUUCACCAGAUGAUGAUCAAGAUACCGUAAAUUCACAUCUUUCAUCGUCGGUGAAAUUCGGUUCACCGGAGGCGCUAGAACACGUCCGGAAGCUCACGGACGUCGGAGCCAUGACGCGUCUUCUCCACGAGUGCAUAGCAUAUCAACGCGCUCUAGAUCUUCAACUCCAAAGCAUUCUCUCCCAUCAAACAGAUCUCGACAAACAACUCGACAACUUACAGAAAUCCUCCGAGGUUCUCGACAUCGUCAAGGCCGACGCCGACCACAUGCUCUCCAAUGUCGCCUCCACCUGCGAUCUCGCUGAUCAGGUUAGUGGAAAAGUUCGCGAGCUUGAUCUCGCUCAAUCUCGAGUUCAUGAAACACUGCUUCGAAUUGAUGCGACUGUUGAGAGAGGUAGUUGUAUUGAUGGUGUGAAAAGAGCUCUUGAUUCUGAAGACUUUGAGGCGGCUUCUAAAUAUGUCCAGACGCUUCUACAAAUUGAUGCUAGGUACAAUGAUUCCGCUUCCGAUCAGAGAGAACAGCUGUUGGCGUCCAAAAAGCAACUAGAAGGAAUUGUUCGUAAGAGGUUGUCGUUGGCUGUUGAUCAGCGGGAUCAUCCAAAUGUUCUUCGGUUUAUCAGACUUUACUCCCCUCUCAAUCUGGAAGAAGAAGGUUUACAGGUGUACGUAAGCUACUUGAAGAAAGUUAUUGCAAUGAGGUCGAGGUUCGAGUUUGAGCAAGUCGUCGAAUUAAUGGAACAAGGUUCGUUUUCCAAUCAGAAUCAGGUUGAUAUCGAUGGUUGCUUAACCAAUUUGUUCAAGGAUAUUGUGUUGGCUAUUGAAGAAAAUGAUGAAGUUCUGAGAAGUUUGUGCGGAGAAGCUGGUAUUGUGUAUGCUAUAUGCGAUCUUCAGGAAGAGUGCGAUUCUCGUGGCUCUUUAAUCCUGAAGAAGUAUAUGGAAUGUAGGAAAUUGGCUAAGAUAACCUCUGAGAUAAAUUCUUACAAGAACAAUUCAUUCUCUAUUGGAGAAGAAGGACCAGAUCCCAGGGACAUUGAGCUAUAUUUGAAGGAAAUACUUUCCCUUACACGACUAGGGGAAGAUUAUACUGAAUACAUGAUCUCUAAGAUCAGGGGGAUGACUUCUGUUGAUCCAGAAUUGGGUACAAGGGCCACUAAAGCUUUUAGGAGUGGAAACUUCAGUAAAGUUUCCCAAGAUAUUACUGGAUAUUAUGUAAUUUUGGAGGGAUUUUUCAUGGUGGAAAAUGUAAGGAAAGCCAUCAACAUUGAUGAGUAUGUAUCUGAUAGCCUCACCACUUCUAUGGUAGAUGAUGUGUUUUAUUUGUUGCAAAGUUGCUGUAGAAGGUCAAUAUCCACGUCAAACAUGAACUCGGUGAUUGCAGUCCUGAGUAAUGCAGUAAGCCUGUUAGGAAAUGAGUACAGUGAAGCGUUGCAGCAAAAGGUAAGGGAACCAAACCUUGGAGCAAAGCUGUUUUUGGGUGGUGUUGGUGUGCAGGAGACAGGGACUGAGAUUGCUACGGCUUUAAACAAUAUGGAUGUGAGCUGUGAGUAUGCCUUGAAACUAAAGCAGGAGAUUGAGGAGCAAUGUGCAGAGGUAUUUCCAGCACCUACAGAUAGAGAAAGGGUGAAAUCUUGUUUAUCAGAAUUGGGAGAUAUGAGCAACAGUUUCAAAAAAUCCCUAGAUUGGGGAAUGGAGCAGCUGGUAGCAACUGUAACACCACGAAUCCGACCUCUGCUCGAUAAGAUAGCAACGAUAAGCUACGAGCUUUCAGAAUCCGAAUACGCAGAUAACGAAGUAAACGACCCCUGGGUCCAGAGACUUCUCCAUACAGUAGAGGAGGGGAAUGUUGGAUGGCUGCAGCCGUUAAUGACAGUAAACAAUUACGACAGUUUGGUUCAUAUGGUAAUUGAUUUCAUUGUUAAGAGACUUGAAGUGAUUAUGAUGCAAAAGAGGUUUAGUCAGCUUGGAGGACUUCAGCUAGAUAGGGAUACUCGAGCCCUCGUUAGUCAUUUCUCUACUAUGACACAGAGGACUGUUAGGGAUAAGUUUGCUCGUUUGACACAGAUGGCUACUAUUUUGAACUUGGAAAAAGUUGCUGAGAUUCUUGAUUUUUGGGGUGAGAGUUCUGGACCCAUGACAUGGCGCCUCACUCCGGCUGAUGUUAGAAGAGUAUUGGGUUUGAGGAUCGACUUCAAACCUGAGGCCAUUUCGGCUCUUAAAUUGUAGCAGUUUUUUUUGGCUGCUGCUGCUGCUGCUAUUAACAUUUGUUUCCUUUUCAAUUUUACAUAUAUUCAAGUUCUGUUUAAUCAAGUGUUCUUGUUAGUGAAGCGAAGAAGAGAAGACUGCGGUGGAGUGGUGCAUCUCACAAGGUCUCAAUGUGCUCGUAAGCUGGUAGUCGCAACACCAUGGUAAAAGAAAUGGUAAAUUUGAUAUAUCAAUAUACGAGCCUUGAUUACUUGAGUCGCCAUAUUAGGUUAUCAUAAUCGUUAUUUUAACAUUCAUAUCACCAAAUUAGGUUAUCAUAAUUGUUAACACGAGAACUGAACAUCCUCUUUAAUUGAAAAUCUCAAAAUACUUCAACACAAUCACAAUGUCAAAAGUCAUGAGAUGAGCUAUUAUCAUAUGGUUACCAAAUUAUUAGUCAGACUUAUAUU